AGUAUCACCCACUAAAUAUGAUCUCACAACCCGCUAAGGGAUCAGUCACACAGCCUGAGGUUUGGACAACAAACUAGACAGUUCCUUAGAGCGCACUUUGCAUUCUGUUACUUCAUCCUCACGACCACUCAGUAAGGUGGGGAAGGCCGCCGUCACCCCAACUUUACAGCCAGGGGGACAGCAUCGGAGAGGUCAGGGGACUCCUCCUGAUUUGUCACCUAGUUCACGAGCCCAGGAACUUGGACUCUGGAUCUCCCAAACUUUGUAUGACAUGCUUUCUGCUAAGUCACACCAUCUUUGUACGUGGCUUUUAAAGUCACUUCUGGUCCUCAUCUCUGUGUUGCUGCAAAGAAGUUUUAAACUGAAAUCUAUCAUAAGAAAUAAACUUUCAUUACAUUGCAAGGAGUCUCCGUCUGGGGAGAGGUGCGGUAAGAAGGAAGAACCUACCAAAGCCUUCCUUUUGGUUAGGAGCUGAGCGCUUAACCGUUGCGCCACCAGGGCUCCUCGAGCAACUUAUAAGAAAAAAACAUAUCGUCUCCCAGUUCUGGAGGCUGGAAGUCUGCGAUCAGGGUGUUGGCCGUGUCAGUCCCUCCAGCAGCUCUGAGGGAGAAUCUGCUCCAUGUCUCUCCCAGCUUCUGGUGAUGACCAGUAAGCCUUGGUGUUCCUGCCCUCGACCCUCAGGUAGUGCCUUGUCCUCAAGGAUGUGCCCCCUUCCUCAGAGCUUCCAGCAGCCAGGCUGCCCCUACUGUCUCCUUGCUGGGAUGGUCUGUCUGUCAUUAGGUCUCUGCCAAAGCCAAGGAAGCUGUGAUGGCCCCGCCUUCUCGUACCACGUCCUGCCGAUCCCCUGAGUGAUUGGGUGCCCCCGAGGGUGGCCUGACUGGUUGGCUGAAUAAUGGCCCCCAGAGACGUCCAUGUCCUAAUCCCCAGAACGUGUGAGCUGUUAGAUGGCAAUAGGAACUCUCCAGGUGUGACUAAGUUAGGUAGCUUGAGGUAGGAGAUGAUCCUGGAUUAGCUGAGUGGGCCUUAAGUGUAGUCAACAAGGAUUCUUACAAGAGGGAGGGGGCCAGGGUCAGAGAGAGAGAGAGGUGACCAAGGGAACAGGAGACCGGAGCGGUACAGGGCCCUGAGCCAGGGAGUGCAUGGGAUCUGGAAGCUAGAAAGGGCAGGGCGUCGAUUCUUCUCUGGAGCUUCUGGAAGGAACCAGCCGACACCUGGAUUUCAGCCCCUCAGGUGGAUCCAUGUCAGACUACUGGCCCCGGAGCUGUGAGAUAAUAUGUUUGUGUUGCUUUAAGUCACUAAGUGUCCUGACCCCAGGGCAAGGAUUCUCCCCCGUGGCGACAGGGGGAGCUGCUAUGGCAUUGAGUGCGUGGAGGCAGGGAUGGUGCUCAGCCCUCUGCACUCAGGAUGGGCCCCAGAGCAGGACGUGGCCCUGGCUCAGCAGUGCUGAGUUGAGAGGCCUGUGGGGUGGCCAGCUGUCCCGGCUCUUCCAGGGUGAAGGCCGAGUGAGCCCUCUGAAAGAGCUGACAGCCUCUGGUUUCUGACCCUCAAACGGCCGUUUCCUGUGAUUCAGCCCAGUGCAGCGUAUACUGUGUGACCCUCAGCCUCCUGACAGGCGCUUGGGGUCUGGGGGCUGGGAGCCACAGGGCUGGGUAGUCUCCCGGGGACCUCCUAUAGAGCAGUCCUGAAAGCGCAGCCCCGCUGGCCAGAUGUAGCUCAGCCAGGGCAGCGGCGUCCUGGCCCCCUGUAGGGACCUUGUUGACUCUCUACCCCACAGGAAGCACGGUGCCUGGGCAGCCCCCCUCCGUGUGUUCAUUCCACACCCGUGGGGAUCUUGUGUGACCUCGGGGUGUCAGGGAGGACAAGAGCUAUCUUUAAAUUCGGAGCUUCCCUAAAGAUAGAAGAGCCACAGUGGUGCAGUGGUUAAACGCUCGUCUGCUAGCUGACGGGCUAGCAGUUGGAAGCCCCCAGCGGCUCUGCAGGAGAAAACACCUGGUGGCUUCCUCCCUUAUAGAUGGCAGCUUGGGAAACCCUGUGGGGGUGGCUUUGCUCUGUCACAUGGCCUCGCCAUAAGUUGAAAUGGUCUCAACAGCAACGGGUUUGGGUUUUUUUUUCCUGGUUCUUCAAUGAUAAGAGUCAUGUCAAAGCCCCUCAGUUUUUGGUGGCUCUCUCUCAGUUUCUUUUUUGCCUUGAGACCGUGAGAAGCUUUCUGGGACCGAGAGAGUCGCCGUCACCUUCUGCGUGACCGCGCUGAGGCUGUGCAUCACGAUCAGAAGUUUGGCAGAGCCAUUUGGAGGGUCUCUGGUUACCCUUUGCCUUACAUCCUUCAUCAGAAAGCCCAAGCCUGAGGCUGCCGAGUCGACUCCGACUCAUGGCACCCCGUGUGUGCAGAGUGGAACUGUGCUCCACAGGGUUGUCAGUGGCUGAGUUUUCAGAAGUCGAUGGCCAGGCCGUUCUUCCAAGGCGCCUGGGUGGACUUGGCCCUCACACCUUUCAGUCAGCAGCUGCCUGGGUUGAUUGUUGCAGCGCCGAGGAGCUCUUACUCUAGGCCCUUUCACAGCGCAUCUACUACGUCUUCAGAGAGUCCUGCGAGGCUCGUUUCUGGGUAAUUUAUGGCCUGCUGUUAUUGCCUGUAACUUCACCACUCAGAUGGUCCUCUUGUUUGACCUGGCUUACUCAGGAGCCUGUGGGACCCCAGAGGGGUCUUGGCCCUGUUAGCCAUCCCUGAUGUUCUGUAGGAAACCCUGGCCGCAUAGUGGUUAAGUGCUACGGCUGUGAACCAAAGGGGAGGCAGCUCGAAUCUGCCCGGCGCUCCUUGGAAACUAUGGGGCGGUUCUACUCUGUCCUGUAGGGUCGUUAUGAGUCGGAAUUGACUCGACGGCACUGGGUUUGGUCUUUUGGUUUUUGGUGUUCUGUGGAGCCUGCUGACAGCUGCGCGCUAAAUGACUCCUGUCUUAGUUCUCUGCCGUAACAGAAGUACCACAAGUGGGGGGUUUGACAAACAAUUUGUUUCCUCACAGCUGCGGAGGCUGGAAGUCUGAAUUCAGGGCGCUGGCUCUAGGGGAAGUUUUUCUCUCUCUGCCAGCUCUGGAGGAAGGUCCUUGCCUCUUCAGCUUUUGCUGCUUGGUUCCUGGGAGACCCCCAUGUAUCUUGACAUCCUGACAUCUUACUCGGUCUCUGCUUGCUCCCUUUUUUUUUUAAUGUCUCUUCUGUCUCAAAAGAGAUUGAUUUAAGACAUACCCUACACUAAUCCUGUUGCAUUAACGUGGAGACAACCCAUUCCCAAAUGAAAUUACCACCACAGGCAUAGAGGUUCAGAUUUACAACGCAUUUUUUGGGGGGACACAAUUUGAUCCCUAACAGCGGCAUGUAAAUUUGCACGCAGUUUGCACAUGUGGCGUCAGUAUGCAGUGACUCCUCCUUAAAUGUGAGUCUCACUGCCGACAAGUUCUCAGGCCCUGCCUCGCUCACAGCUCGUCUCUGGCCCGCUGGUCUUCUGGACCGUUUCUGGCUGUGUCCAGCCUUCUCAGGACUUCCAUCCAGGUACUGCUGCACCAGCUUGUGUCUUCUGUCUCCCGAGUGGCUCACAUGGGCAACAUCACAGGUGACUGAUUGAAUCUGUCUGUUGAGAAGAGGCGGUGUGGGGUGGAGGCUGGAUUCCAGAGCCGGGUGGAACCCCUGUGGGACCUUGGGUGCGGAGGGCUUAUCUGUGGCUUCCAUUUUGAGAAUGUAGGGGGCCCCUGAGCCCACUGGCAGACGUCUGCACAGCUGGGAGACCCAGUUCUGGGCCCCUGGCUGCUGUGUGCAAUAGAAACAACCCGUGGGCCUGCCCCAGGAGCCGGGGCGCCCUCACAGUGCCCAGAGUCAGGGGCUGAAAACUACAGAAAGGCAUCUGCUACCAGUUCUGUUGUGUUGUUAGGUGCCGUCGAGUCGGUUCUGACUCAUAGCGACCCUGUGCACAACAGAAUGAAACACUGCCCGGUCCUGGACCAUCCUCACAAUCGUUGUUAUGCUUGAGCCCGUUGUUGCAGCCACUGUGUCAGUCCACCUCGUUGAGGGUCUUCCUCUUUUCCGCUGACCCUGUACUCUGCCAAGCAUGAUGUCCUUCUCCAGGGACUGAUCCCUCCGGACAACAUGUCCAAAGUAUGUAAGAUGCAGUCUCGUCAUCCUUGCCUCUAAGGAGCAUUAUGGUUGUACUUCUUCUAAGACAGAUUUGUUCGUUCUUUGGUGGCAGUCCAUGGUAUAUUCAAUAUUCUUCACCAACAUCACAAUUCACAGGCGUCUACUCUUCUUCGGUCUUCCUUAUUCAUUGUCCAGCUUUCACAUGCGUAUGAUGUGACUGAAAAUACCAUGGCCUGGGUCAGGUGCACCUUAGUCUUCAGGGUGACAUCUUUGCUCCUCAAUGCUUUAAAGAGGUCCUCUGCAGCAGAUUUGCCCAAUGCAGUGCGUCUUUUGAUUUCUUGACUGCUGCUUCCAGGGCUGUUGAUUGUGGAUCCAAGUAAAAUGAAAUCCUUGACAACUUCAAUCUUUUCUCCGUUUAUCAUGAUGUUCCUCAUUGGUCCAGUUGUGAGGAUUUUUGUUUUCUUUAUGUUGAGGUGUAAUCCAUACUGAAGGCUGUGGUCUUUGAUCUUCGUUAGUAAGUGCUUCAAGUCCUCUUUACUUUCAGCAAGCAAGGUUGUGUCAUCCGCAUGACACAGGUACCAGUUCUGGAGGCCAGAAAUCUGAGAUCAAGGUGUGGCGGGGUUGGUUCUGUAGGGAGGCUCUGGGGGAGGAUCCUCCCUUGUCUCUCCAGCUUCUGGUGGCCCCAGGCGUUCCUCAGCUUGUGGUUGCAUCACUCUAGCCUCUACCCCCACCGUCAGAUCGCCCUCUGCCUUCUGUGUGUGUGUGUGUCUGUCUGUCCUUUCUGAGGACACCAGCUAUUGGACUGGACUCCACCCUGAUCCUGUGUGGAAACCCCUGUGGCGUAGAGGUUAAGUGCUGUGGCUGGUGACCAAAGGGCUGGCGGUUCGAGUCCACCAGCAGCUUCUUGGAAAUUGUGGGGCAGUUCUACUCUGUCCUCUAGGGUCGCUGUGAGUUGGAAUCGACUCCACGGCAACAGGUUUUUUUUUUUUUUUUUUGGUUUUGCUUCUGUAUCACCUUGGGUUAACCGAUAACAUUGAUUAGAGGCUGUUUCUAAGUGAGGUCACACUCACAGGGUCUGAGUGGGCGUGAGUUUUUGGAGGAUGCGAUCCAGCCCAGCACAGACCCUAAGGGGCUUCUCCAGACUGCUGUCAUCCAGUGUAGGGCAGAGGGGGCUGUGCGCCACGCUUGUCCCUAGGCCCUGGUGUGGGAGCAGACCUGACCCAGCAGCGGCGGCGGUGUUUGUGUUUAAACCAGUGUAUAGAUAUAUAGCUUACAUGAUAUAAGACCCGCCUGUUUUAAGCGUGUAUGUCAGUGGAUUUUAGUGUUCAUAAAACACCUUAGAGAACAAUGGAGGUUCAGUGGUAGAAUCCUCGCCUUCCACGCAGGAGACCCGGGUUCGAUUUCUGGCCAGCGCACCUCAUGCACGGCCACCACUGGUCUGUCUGGAGGCUGCGUGAUGCUGUGAUGCUGAACAGGGUCAGCAGAACUUUGAGACUAAGUCUGACUAGGAAGAAAGGUCUCGUGAUCGACCUCUGAAAAUCAGCCAGUGAAAAACCUUAGGAUCACAGUGGUCUGACGCGUGUCCCAUUGGGGUGCCACAGGACGAGGCAAUGUUUCGCUCCAUGGCGCGUGGGGCUGCCAUGAAUCGGGCUGACUUGACUGCAGCUGGCAACAACAGCAGAGUAUACACUGAUGUUUGCAGAACUGUGUAACUAUCACCGAAAGUUACUUUUAGGACAUUGCCAUCACCCUGUAAGGUAAUUCGUACCCAUUACGAGUCACUCUUCAUUCCCCUCCCCUGUCCCUGACGACCACUGAUCCACUUCCUGCUGGCGUGAGUUUGAGCCAGAGGGUUGGUAAGGGAGUGCCCACCCCUAGAUGGGCAGUUCCCCUUCACGGGCACUGACUGGUCUGAGCCAAGGGUGACAUGUUUGAUGGGUUAGCUUGAUGUGUGCCCCAGGUCUUGGGAGGAGACCUGCAGGGAGGAGGAGCAGCCUGGGUGGGAGAGGGGCUAGAGCAGCUGGCCGGGCUUUAGGCCAUGUCAUGGAUUGAAUUGUGUCCGCCAAAAACAUGUGUCAAUUUAGGUUAGGCCUAGAUUCCCAGUAUUGUGUGGUCGUCCUCUAUUUUGUGGUUGUAAAUUUAUGUUAAAGAGGAUUAGGGUGGGAUUGUAAAACCCUUAAGCUUCCCUGAUCCAAUGUAAGGGGAGUGUCCCUGGGGUCUGGCCUGCACCACCUUUUAUCUUGCAAGAGAUGAAAGAGAAGCAAGCAGAGUUGGAGACCUCAUCCCACCAAGAAAGCAGCCUUGGGAGCAGAGCAUGCCCUUUGGACCCGGGGUUCCUGCACGGAGAAGCUCCUAGUCCGGGGAAGAUUGAUGACGAGAACCUUUCUCCAGAGCCGACGGAGAUAAGCCUUCCCCUGGAGCUGAUGCCCUGCAUUUGGACUUCUAGCCUACUAGACUGCAAAAUACAUCUCACAGUGCAUUGACGAAAUCAAGCAGGAACUGAAGCAAGACAACAUCGCAGUCAAAGCCAACGCUGUCUGUAAGCUGACGUAUUUACAGAUGCUGGGGUAUGACAUCAGCUGGGCCGCCUUCAACAUCAUUGAAGUGAUGAGCGCCUCCAAGUUCACGUUCAAGCGGAUUGGGUACCUGGCCGCCUCGCAGUGCUUCCACGAGGGCACGGACGUCAUCAUGCUGACCACCAACCAGAUCCGCAAGGACCUGAGCAGCCCCAGCCAGUACGACACUGGGGUUGCGCUGACUGGUUUGUCCUGUUUUGUCACCCCAGAUCUUGCCAGAGACUUGGCAAAUGACAUCAUGACGCUGAUGUCGCACACGAAGCCCUACAUCCGGAAGAAGGCCGUGCUGAUCAUGUACAAGGUGUUCCUCAAGUACCCCGAGUCGCUGCGCCCCGCUUUCCCACGCCUGAAGGAGAAGCUGGAGGACCCCGACCCCGGUGUCCAGUCAGCGGCCGUCAACGUCAUCUGCGAGUUGGCCAGACGCAAUCCAAAAAACUACCUGUCCCUUGCCCCACUGUUCUUCAAGCUCAUGACCUCAUCAACCAACAACUGGGUCCUCAUCAAAAUCAUCAAACUGUUCGGUGCUCUGACUCCACUAGAACCAAGACUGGGCAAGAAGCUGAUCGAGCCCCUCACCAACCUAAUCCACAGCACAUCGGCCAUGUCCCUCCUCUACGAGUGUGUGAACACCGUGAUCGCAGUCCUCAUCUCCCUGUCCUCCGGCAUGCCCAACCACAGCGCCAGCAUCCAGCUUUGUGUCCAGAAGUUAAGAAUAUUAAUAGAAGAUUCUGAUCAGAACUUGAAGUACCUGGGCCUGCUGGCCAUGUCCAAGAUCCUGAAGACGCACCCCAAGUCUGUCCAGUCCCACAAGGACCUUAUCCUGCAGUGCCUGGACGACAAGGAUGAGUCCAUCCGACUGCGGGCCCUUGACCUGCUCUACGGCAUGGUGUCCAAGAAGAACCUGAUGGAGAUUGUGAAGAAGCUGAUGAGCCACGUGGACAAGGCAGAGGGCACCACCUACCGCGAUGAGCUCCUCACAAAGAUCAUCGAUAUCUGCAGCCAGUCCAACUACCAGUACAUCACCAACUUCGAGUGGUACAUCAGCAUUCUGGUGGAGCUGACGCGGCUGGAGGGCACGCGACAUGGCCACCUCAUCGCGGCCCAGAUGCUGGACGUGGCCAUCCGCGUGAAGGCCAUUCGUAAGUUUGCCGUGUCACAGAUGUCAGCUCUUCUGGACAGUGCUCACCUGGUCGCCAGCAACACCCAACGGAACGGUAUCUGCGAGGUGCUGUAUGCUGCCGCCUGGAUCUGUGGGGAGUUCUCUGAGCACCUGCAGGAACCCCAACAGACGCUGGAGGCAAUGCUACGGCCCAAGGUCACCACGCUGCCCGGCCACAUCCAGGCGGUGUACGUGCAGAACGUGGUCAAGCUGUACGCAUCCAUCCUGCAGCAGCAGGAGCAGGCCGCCGAGCACGAGGCUGCCCAGGCCACCACCCAGCUUCUGGUGGACAGGCUGCCCCAGUUCGUGCAGAGCGCUGACCUGGAGGUCCAAGAGCGGGCGUCCUGCGUCCUGCAGCUGGUCAAGUACGUCCAGAAGCUCCAGGCAAAGGAUGUGCCGGUGGCAGAAGAAGUGAGCGCUCUCUUUGCUGGGGAGCUGAACCCGGUGGCCCCCAAGGCCCAGAAGAAGGUCCCCAUCCCCGAGGGACUGGACCUAGAUGCCUGGAUCAAUGAGCCGCCCUCUGACAGCGAGUCCGAGGAUGAGGCGCCCAAGGCCAUCUUCCACGAUGAUGAGCAGAAGCCCACGCGGCACCGGCAACCUGAGGUGGACGAGGAGGAGCUGGCUCGGCGCCGGGAAGCCCGGAAGCAGGAGCAGGCCAACAACCCGUUCUACAUCAAGAGCUCACCAUCCCCACAGAAGCGGUACCAGGACACGCCUGGUGUGGAGCACAUCCCUGUGGUUCAGAUCGACCUCUCGGUCCCUUUGAAAGUCCCAGGGAUGCCUGCGUCAGACCAGUACGUGAAGCUGGAGCAGGAGCGGCGCCACCGGCAGCGACUGGAGAAGGACCGGAAGCGGAAGAAGCAGCGGAAGGAGAAGCAGCGCGAGGGCCGGCAUCGGCGCCACAGCUCACUGCACACGGAGAGCGACGAGGACAUUGCACCUGCCCAGCAGGUGGACAUUGUCACUGAGGAGAUGCCUGAGAACGCUCUGCCCAGUGACGAGGAUGAUAAAGAUCCCAACGACCCUUACAGGGCCCUGGACAUUGAUCUGGACAAGCCCUUAGCAGACAGUGAGAAGCUGCCCAUCCAGAAACAUCGGAACACUGAGACCCCGAAGUCCCCUGACAAGGAGGACGUCCCCAUAGUGGAGAAGAAGAGCAAGAAGCUGAAGAAGAAAGAGAAGAAGCACAGAGAGAAGGAGCGGGAGAGGGAGAAGGAGCGGAGGAAGGAGAAGGAGAAGGGCGACGACCUGGACUUCUGGCUGUCCACCACACCACCGCCGCCACCAGCUGCUGCCCUAGGUCCCUCCCUGUCCCCGGGUGAGCCCGGGGUGGACGCCAUUGUCGCUGCCCCCAAAGAAGAGUGUGAGGAACCCAAGAGGGAGGAGCCAGAGAAUGAAGAGAACGAUGAUGAACAAGAGCUGGAGAAGAAGCCUUCCAAGCAGAAGAAGAAGAAGCACAAGAAGGAGAAGGAAGAGAAGUCCAAAGACAAGAAAAAGUCACGGAGGAAGAAGCCCCCCAGCGAGGCAUUGGCGGAGCCCAUGCAGAACGGCGCACUGGAGGAGGGACCUCUCCCGCCUGUGUCCAGCUACUGCCUUCUCGCGGAAAACUCCUACAUUAAGAUGACAUACGAUGUGCAGGGCAGCCUGCAGAAGGACAGCCAGGUCACUGUGUCCAUCAUCCUUGAGAACCUUAGCUCCAGCUUCCUCAAGAACAUGGAACUCAACGUGUUAGACUCACUCAACACCAAGAUGGCACGGCCCGAGGGCGCCUCUGUGCAUGACGGAGUCCCCGUGCCCUUCCAGCUGCCCCCAGGAGUCUCCAACGAAGCGCAGUUCGUGUUUACAAUCCAGAGCAUUGUCAUGGCUCAGAAGCUCAAGGGCACACUGUCCUUCAUUGCCAAGAACGAGGAGGGCUCUACCCACGAGAAACUCGACUUCAAGCUGCAUUUCAGCUGUACCUCAUACCUGAUCACCACGCCCUGCUACAGCGACGCCUUUGCCAAGCUGCUGGAAUCUGGGGACCUGAGCGUGAGCUCUAUCAGAGUCGACGGCAUCACCAUAUCCUUCCAGAACCUUCUAGCGAAGAUCUGUUUCCACCAUCAUUUUUCCGUUGUGGAGCGGGUGGAUUCGUGUGCCUCCAUGUACAGCCGCUCCAUCCAGGGCCACCACGUCUGCCUCCUGGUGAAAAAGGGCGAGAACUCCGUGUCGGUGGACGGCAAGUGCAGCGACCAAACUCUGCUGAGCAACCUGCUGGACGAGAUGAAGGUGACGCUGGCCCAAUGCUGAGUGCUGCUGUGGCCACCACCACGGGGGCCUGUGUGGGGACCAUCGACACACUCCACUUCAGCUGUGUCCACACGUGCUGUGUCUGGCCGUGCAUUUAAUUGAAGUCCUCUGCUGCCUCUGUGUGGCGUGCCCGGGUUGUACUUUGCGUUGGUUUGUUUUAUUCCCUUUGUGACUAUUUUUACUCUCUUUGGCAAGAAGCCCUGAUCCAGCCAGCAGUCCCUGGCCUGGCGUGGUAUCCCUUCUAUUCUAGGCCUACUCAGAGGGGAUUGCCGUCCCGGGCACCAGGGGGAGGGAGGGUAGGUGGUCCCUGCCCCCCCCCCCGUCCCCCCACCCCGAGAGCUCAGCAGGACAGGAUAGGGCUGUCACACCCCCCACCCCCCACCUGUCUUCUCUCACCUCUUUGGGGUGAGCUCUUGCCGGCAGCUUUCGUAAAAUCAUCCUAGUCCUAAGAGCCCCGAGACGUCCUGACUGGUGGCGUCUGCGGCAGGAAGGCUAGGCUGGGCUGGUCACCACAGCAGGCGUUGCUGCUCUGUCCCUCUCGGCCGCAGAUCAGGCUCUGUCCCCAGAAUGCUGCACUGGGAGGACAGUUCUGUGGCUGUUAUCCCUUGUCUGCAUCCUUGGUGCCUGCCUGCCAUGAGAUGCUGGGCCCCAGAGUCUUCAGCUGAGGCCCUGCUGCCGUGGAGAAGGGCAUGGAUGCUGAGGUGGGUGGGGGGCUGCCUCCUGGAGGCGGAUACAAGCCUGUGUGGUGGCGGAACAUUGCGGUCAGACUCACUGACCGACAGGGAUUGGGCCUUUGUUUUUUGUUUUUUCUGUUCAGUGUGUCUUAUUCGCUUUGUUGUGGGGGCCCCCUCCACCUCGUCACUGUCCAUACCGCAGGGUGUGUCUGUAACUGUACCUGCAGCUGUCGGGAGGGGCCCCGGGGUGGAGGAGGCCAGUGAGGGCGAGGGACACACCUCCCGCCAGCACACUGCCUCCUGGGCAGGAGGUGCCUUGGGCUGGAUGCUGGGGCCUUCCGUGCCAGCCGGCUCAUGUGAGACAGAGCUUCCCUCGGAGAUGAUGGUCCUUGAUGACGUUUUAACAUGUCUUUGAUGAAAACUGUCACUUUAGCAUGUAGAGUAAUCUAUUACAGAAUCCCGUGCAGUGAUUCUAGAAUUUUGAAAUUGUAUGAUGUGUUAUAUAAGAAUUUAUUUGCUAUCGACAUUCCCGUAUACAGAAGAGAGACAUAUCACGCUGCUGUCAUGAUUUUGUGUCAAGAUGAUCCAAUAAAAUCGCAAAACAGACGUUUACACCUGA